ACUUCUUCCCGUACCGCCUGUGUCCACUAACUUGCGCAUGUUCUUCUUUAACCUUUCUCCGUCUUCCUCUAUCAAACUGGGAUUAGGGUUCUUCUUCGAGACCCAACUCUUUUUUUUUUUUUUCUUCUCGUGACGAAUAGUUGCGUACUACUCAGCAGCUUUUAAGGGUUAAAAAUCUCCAAAUUUUAACGCCGUGUCAUUCUCUUCUGUCUCUCAUGGAUCCUUCAAGACGACCACCGAAGGACUCGCCUUACGCGAAUCUCUUCGAUCUCGAGCCGUUGAGGAAGUUCAGAAUUCGGAAACCUGAAGAUGAAGUUGAUUAUUAUGGGAGUAGUAGCCAGGACGAAAGUAGAAGCACUCAAGGUGGGCUAGUGGCAAACUACAGUAAUGGGUCUAAAUCGGGAAUGAAUGUGAGCUCCAAGAAGAGGAAGCGGUGGACAGAAGCUGAUGAUGCAGAGGAUGAUGACCUCUACAAUCGACAUGUUACUGAGGAGCACUACCGAUCAAUGCUUGGGGAGCAUGUUCAAAAAUUCAAAAGUAGGGUCAAGGAGUCUCAAGGGACUCCCACGCAUCUGAUGGGUGUUCCGGUGCUAAAAAGCAAUGGAGGCAGUUACAGAGGUAGGAAACCAGGGAAUGAUCACUAUGGGAGAUUCUAUGACAUGGACACCUCUCCAAAUUUUGCAGCUGACGUGAUCCCACAAAGGCGAGGAAGCUACCAAGAUUGUGAUAUUACCCCCAAAAUAGCAUAUGAACCUUCGUAUUUGGACAUUGGUGAUGGUGUCAUCUACAAAAUCCCCCCAAGUUAUGACAAGCUGGUGGCGUCAUUGAACUUACCAAGCUUUUCAGAUAUUCAUGUGGAAGAAUUUUACUUGAAAGGAACUCUGGAUCUGAGAUCAUUAGCAGAACUGAUGGCUAGUGAUAAAAGGUCUGGAGUAAGAAGCCGUAAUGGAAUGGGUGAGCCUCGACCUCAAUAUGAAUCUCUUCAAGCUAGAGUGAAGGCCCUAUCAUCUUCAAACUCCACCCCAAAUUUUAGCCUCAAGGUGUCAGAAGCUGCAAUGGAUUCUGCCAUUCCUGAAGGAGCUGCUGGAAGUACUGCACGGAUAAUUCUGUCAGAGGGUGGUGUUUUCCAGGUCCAUUACGUGAAGGUUCUGGAGAAGGGGGAUACAUACGAGAUUGUUAAACGAAGUCUACCUAAGAAGCUGAAGGCGAAGAAUGAUCCUGCAGUCAUUGAGAAGGCAGAAAGGGACAAAUUUAGAAAAGUCUGGAUCAACAUAGUCAGAAGAGAUAUACCAAAACACCAUAGAAUUUUCACUACUUCUCAUCGAAAACAAUCAAUUGAUGCUAAGAGGUUUGCAGAUGGUUGCCAAAGAGAGGUGAGAAUGAAGGUGGCUAGAUCAUACAAAAUCCCAAGGACUGCACCGAUACGCACCAGGAAGAUAUCGAGAGACAUGCUGCUAUUCUGGAAGCGAUAUGACAAGCAGAUGGCAGAAGAGAGGAAAAAGCAAGAAAAGGAAGCUCAAGAGGCUUUUAAACGUGAACAAGAGCUUCGAGAGGCAAAAAGGCAGCAACAAAGUCUCAAUUUUCUUAUUAAACAGACUGAGCUUUACAGUCACUUCAUGCAAAACAAGACCGAUUCAAAUCCUUCUGAAGCCUUGCCAAUAGGAGAUGAAAAUCUGAUUGACGAAGAGCUCCCAGAAACUUCAACCUCAGGACCUUCUGAGGUGGAGGAUCAUGAAGAGGCUGAACUGAAGGAAAAGGUCCUGAGAGCUGCUCAAGAUGCUGUGUCUAAGCAGAAGCAAAUAACAAACGCAUUUGACACAGAAUAUAUGAAGCUACGGCAAACUUCUGAAAUGGAAGGUCCUUCAAAUGAUAUAUCAGUUUGUGGCUCGAGCAAUAUAGAUCUGCAUAACCCAUCUACAAUGCCUGUUACAUCAACAGUUCAGACUCCAGAGUUAUUUAAAGGAACCCUUAAAGAAUACCAAAUGAAAGGCCUUCAGUGGCUAGUCAAUUGUUAUGAGCAGGGUUUGAAUGGCAUACUUGCUGAUGAAAUGGGAUUGGGUAAGACUAUUCAAGCUAUGGCGUUCUUGGCACAUUUGGCUGAGGAAAAGAACAUUUGGGGUCCAUUUCUGGUUGUUGCCCCCGCAUCUGUUCUAAACAAUUGGGCUGAUGAAAUCAGUCGUUUCUGUCCUGACUUGAAAACACUUCCAUAUUGGGGAGGAUUACAGGAACGAACAAUUUUAAGAAAGAAAAUCAAUCCCAAGCGUAUGUAUCGAAGGUAUGCUGGCUUUCAUAUAUUAAUUACUAGCUACCAGCUAUUAAUCACUGAUGAAAAGUAUUUUCGCCGGGUGAAGUGGCAAUAUAUGGUGCUAGAUGAGGCCCAAGCAAUCAAAAGUUCUACCAGUAUAAGAUGGAAAACCCUUCUUAGUUUCAACUGUCGGAACCGAUUGCUUCUGACUGGUACUCCAAUUCAGAAUAACAUGGCAGAGUUAUGGGCCCUGCUGCAUUUCAUCAUGCCAACGCUGUUUGACAGCCAUGAUCAAUUUAAUGAGUGGUUCUCAAAAGGAAUCGAGAAUCAUGCGGAACACGGAGGCACUUUAAAUGAGCACCAGCUUAACAGACUGCAUGCGAUAUUGAAGCCGUUCAUGCUUCGAAGGGUAAAAAAAGAUGUAGUUUCUGAGCUAACUACAAAGACGGAAGUUACAGUUCACUGCAAGCUCAGUUCUCGUCAACAAGCUUUUUAUCAGGCUAUUAAGAACAAAAUUUCUCUGGCUGAGUUGUUUGAUAGCAACCGUGGACAAUUUAAUGAAAAGAAAGUAUUGAAUCUAAUGAAUAUUGUCAUUCAACUUAGGAAGGUUUGCAACCAUCCUGAGUUGUUUGAGAGGAAUGAAGGGACCUCGUAUCUCUACUUUGGAGUGAUUUCCAAUUCUCUUUUACCUCAUCCCUUCGGUGAGCUAGAGGAUGUACAUUAUUCUGGUGGUCAAAAUCCGAUAAUACACAAGAUACCUAAACUACUACACCAAGAGGUGCUCCAAAAUUCUGAAACAUUUUGUUCUUCCGUCGGGCGUGGCAUAUCCAGAGAAUCAUUUCUGAAGCAUUUUAAUAUAUAUUCACCUGAGUAUAUUUUUAGGUCAAUAUUCCCAUCUGAUAAUGGGGCUGAUAUAGUGGUUAGUGGAAGUGGAGCAUUUGGCUUUUCUCGCUUGAUAGAUCUAUCACCAUCAGAAGUUGGAUAUCUUGCUCUUUGUUCUGUUGCGGAAAGGCUAUUAUUUUCUAUACUGAGAUGGGAGCGGCAAUUUUUGGAUGAAUUAGUGAACUCUCUUAUAGAAUCCAAGGAUGAUGAUCUUAGUGACGAUAACAUCGAGAGAUUCAAAACCAAAGCUGUCACAAGAAUGUUGCUGAUGCCAUCAAAAGUGGAAACUAAUUUUCAGAAAAGGAGACUAAGCACAGGGCCUACCCGUCCUUCAUUUGAAGCGCUAGUGAUCUCUCAUCAGGAUAGGCUUCUUUCAAAUAUCAAACUCCUACAUUCUACAUAUACUUAUAUCCCAAAAGCCAGAGCUCCACCGGUAAGCAUUCAUUGCUCGGACAGAAAUUCUGCAUACAGAGUUACAGAAGAAUUACAUCAACCAUGGCUUAAGAGACUAUUAAUCGGUUUUGCACGAACGUCAGAAGCUAAUGGACCCAGGAAGCCGAACAGCUUUCCACAUCCUUUAAUCCAAGAACUUGAUUCAGAACUUCCAGUUGUGCAGCCUGCGCUUCAACUGACGCAUAGAAUAUUUGGUUCUUGCCCUCCAAUGCAAAGUUUUGACCCAGCAAAGUUGCUCACGGACUCUGGGAAGCUACAGACACUUGAUAUAUUAUUGAAGCGACUUCGAGCUGGAAAUCACAGGGUGCUUCUGUUUGCACAAAUGACAAAGAUGCUGAACAUUCUUGAGGAUUACAUGAACUAUAGAAAGUACAAAUACCUCAGGCUUGAUGGAUCGUCCACCAUUAUGGAUCGCCGAGAUAUGGUUAGGGAUUUUCAGCGUAGGAGCGAUAUUUUUGUAUUCUUGCUGAGCACCAGAGCUGGAGGACUUGGUAUCAACUUGACGGCUGCAGACACUGUCAUUUUCUAUGAAAGUGAUUGGAAUCCCACCUUGGAUUUACAAGCUAUGGACAGAGCUCAUCGUCUUGGUCAGACAAAAGAUGUUACUGUAUAUCGGCUCAUAUGCAAGGAGACGGUGGAAGAGAAAAUUCUGCACAGGGCAAGUCAGAAAAAUACAGUUCAACAGCUUGUUAUGACAGGAGGUCAUGUUCAGGGUGAUGAUGUUUUUGACCCUGCGGAUGUGGUAUCGCUGCUAAUGGAUGAUGCCGAGGCAGCAAAAAUGGAGCAGAAAUUGAGAAAUCUACCAUUAAAGGUGAAGGACAGGCAGAAGAAAAAACAGUCAACUAAAUGUAUCAGAAUAGAUGCUGAAGGAGAUGCAACUUUGGAAGAGUUAGAAGAUGCUGAACGACAGGAUAACAGACAGGAACCUUUGGAAGAGCGGGAAAAGACAAAAUCCGGUAAUAAAAAGAGGAAAGCUGCUUCAACUCCGAAAUCUAGAGUUUCUCAGAAAGCAAAGGAAGAAGCAAAUGGUGAAGAUACACCUCAGAGGACACAAAGGGUAAAGAGACAAACAAAGAGCAUAAACGAGAGUCUUGAACCUGUCUUCUCUGCCUCUGUAACAGAAACAAAUAGAGGAUUUGAUCCAAGUAGCUCAGCUAACUAAUCUGAAGAUGAUUGAAGCUUUGAUAAAUAUGUUUAACUUCAGGCAGGUUUUUAGCAGAUGGUUCCUAGUUUUUGAGCCAAGUGUACAGAUUUGAAACAUUCGGUUCAUUUUUUUUUUUUUUUUUUUUUAACGUACAUCAGUCUUACUCUUAAGUAGAAGAACUAAAUGGUACAUAUUUGUAUAAAUAUUAUUAUUGGAUUUAUAAUUUUUAACCAUUGAUUACCAUCUUA